CUCUUUUCGACAUGCAACUUUUUGUCAAGUCCCUUGCUGGUAACACCCUCGCUCUUGAGGUCGCUCCCUCCACCUCUGUUGAGAAUGUCAAGGCUAUGAUUGCCGCCCGUGAAGGUAUUGAUGCCGAAUACCAAUGCCUCUCUUUCGCCGGUAAGCCUCUUGUUGAUGGUGAACUCGCUCUUUACGGUAUUGCCAACAACAACACUUUGAACCUCAACGCCGAACUUCUCGGUGGUGACCUACACUACCCCAAGAAGAUCAAGCACAAGCGUACCAAGGUCAAGUUGGCUAUCCUCAAGUACUACAAGGUAGAUGAAUCUGGCAAGGUUACCCGUCUCCGUCGUGAAUGUCCUAAUGCCACCUGUGGUGCUGGUGUCUUCAUGGCCAAGCACAAGGACCGUCAAUACUGUGGCAAGUGUCACUUGACUUACGUCUUCCAAAAGGAUCAACAAGCUUAAUUUUGUGUCAAGUUUUUUUUUUAAAUAAAAAAAAUCCCAAAAAAGACAAAAAAAAAAUCAAACAAA